AGGGGCUCCGUAGUAACACUAUCAGCCAAACCCUUUGAUAAACUUUCGUUUUGCUCCUUUCGUUUUGACUACGUUUUCGUUUUGACGACUUCGUUUUGACUAUAAAGGUUGGGUUCUUUUCUUGCUGGAUCACCGUUUAUGAUAAACCAUGUGAUGCAUGUCAGCCUGCCCUCUGGUUUAAUGGGCUAGUGGAGAUAACAGUUCACUAUAUAAACCCAGGAGUCUGAUACAUCACCAAAAGCUUCCAGAAGAGCAACAGAGAACAUGUCUACAUACGCCCAGGAGGCCAAGGAUGAUCUACCAUACAUAAACAACUACAAGGACAAGAUUAUCAGGGUUUCGAACAAUUGUAAUGUGCAGCCUUCUGUCGUGGCUGGCAUCAUCUCCAGAGAGACACGCGGAGGCAGAGGGGCAGGUCUUGAUUCCCAUGGCUAUGGAGACAAUGGGAACGGCUAUGGACUAAUGCAGGUUGACAAACGCUACCACACGCUUCAGGGUGCGUGGGACAGCCAGACCAAUAUUGAGCAAGGAAUUGGGAUUCUACAAUACUUCCUCUCAGACUUUGAUAACAAGUGUCCUAGUUGGAGCCGUGUGCAGAAGCUGAAAGGAGCGCUGGCUGCCUACAACAAGGGUACAGAAAAAAUGGAUUACAACAACGUGGACGGUCACACUACUUGGGGGAACUACUCCACUGAUGUCCUUGCCAGGGCCGAGUUCUUUAAGAGGAAUGGGUAUUAACUCUGAGAGCUGCCCCACUUCUCAGUUAAGAUAUCGGUCAAUCACUGAUUGAUUGAUAUCUGUGUCUCUUAAAAUCCUUUAUCAUUUUAUAAAUUGAAUUUUCAUAAAGUGGACAAAUGCAUGUCUGCAGCAAAGUAACUACAAUGUAUGAUAUGGUGACUGUUAUUUGCAGCGUGUAUCUGUGCAUCAAUAAAGCUAACAGUCCAGUAUACAUAA